AUGGCCAAAAGUGGAGAGGCCCUGCCACAGGGCAGCCCAGCGCCAGUCCAGGAUCCCCACUUCAUCAAAGUGACAGUGAAGACACCCAAGGACAAAGAGGAUUUCUCAGUGACAGACACUUGCACCAUCCUACAGCUGAAGGAAGAGAUAUCCCAGCGCUUUAAGGCUCACCCUGAUCAGCUGGUACUAAUCUUUGCUGGCAAAAUCCUCAAAGACCCUGACUCACUGGCACAGUGUGGAGUGCGAGAUGGCCUCACUGUCCACCUGGUCAUCAAGAUGCAGCGUCGUACCCUGGGCAAUGAGUGCUCAGCUGCUUCAAUGUCUACUCCAGCCCCAAGCCCUGGAUCACUCCCUCAGUCUAGCCCCAUUUACCCAGCAGAUGGCCCUCCCACCUUCAGCUUAGGUGUCCUCUCGGGCCUCAAUGGGUUAGGCCUGACCCCUGGUAGUUUCCCAGACCAGCAAAGUUCAAUGAUGUGGCAGAAUGUGUCUGUACCUGAGUUUGUGGCACAGAUUAUUGAGGAUCCUUUCAUCCAAGGUCUGCUGUCCAACACCAGCCUCAUGCGCCAGCUAGUUCUUGAUAAUCCUCACAUGCAGCAAUUGAUUCAAAACAAUCCAGAGAUUGGGCAUAUUCUAAACAACCCUGAAAUCAUGCGGCAAACACUAGAGUUUCUACGCAACCCUUCCAUGAUGCAAGAAAUGAUGAGGAGCCAGGACCGGGCACUCAGUAACCUGGAGAGCAUUCCUGGGGGCUAUAAUGUGCUUCGUACUAUGUACACAGAUAUCAUGGACCCAAUGCUGAAUGCAGUACAGGAGCAGUUCGGUGGCAAUCCUUUUGCUACUAUCACUGCUAAUAACACCAGCAACAACAGACAACCUUCAAGGACAGAGAAUUGUGAUCCUCUCCCUAACCCCUGGACUUCUACACAUACAGACUCAGGUGGAAGAGGGAACAGGCAGUCAAGGGACCAGAAUGUAUCUGAAAUUAGAAAUAGGUUUCCCAACAUUUUGGGUAAUUUAGGUCUCUAUGACUAUCUCCAACAAUUGCAUGAAAGCCCCCAUUCCCUAGGGACCUAUCUGCAGGGGAUGGCAUCCACCCUCAGCUCAAACCAAGAAACAUCACCAUCAGGAAAUCGAAUUCCUCCAACUUUACACUCAUCCAAGGAAAAUGAGUCAGGCCAGUCACACCCCAAGGAAUCCGUAUCAACCAAGGUAAAACCAUCCUACCCAGCAUCCCUGAGAUACCCUACAGAGUCCAAUACUCAUCAAGAUAGAAACCAAGAUGUUGCUGGGUGUCAAUCCACUGGCCCUAGCUCCACUAUGCCUGAUCUUGUCUCAGGGUUGAUGGGUUCUGGCCUUAGAGCACCAUUUGUUCCUUCACAUGCUUCCCCCAUGACAGGCGAUUCCCCUGGAAUCCCUGAGCAUGCCUGGCUGCCACCAUUAAUUUACCCAAGAUCUCUGAGACCAACUGGCAUGAAUCGGGCUCCCCAGCUGCAGGAUGAGAUGCGUCGGCAACUGCCACUAUUACUGCACCUUCAGGCAGCCAUGGCAAACCCCCGUGCCAUGCAUGCAUUGUUACAGAUUGAGCAAGGCCUGCAGAUCCUGGCUACUGAAGCACCUCGCCUUCUUCUCUGGUUUAUGCCUUGCUUAGCAGGGCUGGGAAUUAUGGCAGGAGGUCUGGACCCUAGAGAUGUAUCUCUUAUGCCUGAGCACUCUCCUUUAGCUCCAGCAUCUGGGCCUCCCCCAGCACAGGGCUCUAUGGAGCAAAGUCUCCAUUCUUCUCCCUUCCUCCAGCUGUUGCAGGUUUUAACUAAUACCAAUACCCAGCAAUUACAGCCUGAGAUCCAUUUCCAUGUGCAGUUAGAGCAGCUGCGUGCCAUGGGCUUUCUGAAUCCUGAAGCCAAUCUCCAGGCCCUCAUUGCUACAGGAGGUGAUGUAGAUGCGGCUGUGGAGAAACUGAGGCAGUCAUAA